UUCCAUGGUAGACAGGACGCUGGCACUCCAAUACCCCGGGAAACCGUUUAGUUUUUAUCACUGGUGUACAUGUUUGGUGGCAAUUUUGAACAGUUUUUCCUGUCUUAACACAGCAAAAAAAUAUGGAGCACUAGCAUUUUCUCACAACUUAUAGUCACAUAGUUUUUGUUUUUGAAGAAGUAAGGGUUGGCUCAGGCUAGGAUUAGAGUUAGGAUCAUCUUUCUGCUAGUCCCAAACACACGCAGUGGAGCACUAUUUAGGAGAAGUCCUGAAGUGGAGAACCAGGAUAUGGCCCACUGCGCAUGAUCCUACUUUUGCCAGGGAACUUCGAAAAGUAUGGCGGCGGAGUGCUUGACAACGAUUACAGAGCAAUGGAUACGGGAGAAAGUCAAUCUAGAACACCAAUGUCUUGCGGAUGUCAGGUCUCUGAGUCUUCCUGGGACAUACAAAGAGAAAAUCAAACAUCUUGGAAUCUCACUGAAGAACUUGGUCCGUUUGAAGACCCUGGAUCUCUCUUGUAACGCUCUUAUCUCUGUCGAUGGUGUUCAACACUUAAAGAUGCUGGAGAGAUUAAACCUGUACUACAACCGUAUACCUUCCAUAGAGGAAGUCAGAGUGCUUUGCAAGCUGACAACUUUGAAAGACUUGGACUUGAGACUCAACCCUCUGACCAAGAGAGAUCCACACUACCGUCUGUACUUGAUCCAUGCACUGUCCAACCUGCGCAAGCUCGAUGACUGUCCAGUCCGGGACAGUGAGAGAAAACUCGCCAUCAUGCAUUUCUCUGCUGAAUCUGGUGAUGUACCCCUACAGACAAAACCCUCGCUGACUGACGUAACAGAGCUCAGUGACCAGAGGAGCAGUGAGCUGAGGCUGGCCGCAGUGAAUCGGAUGACCAAGAAUUUUUCUUUUUUGGAUGACAAGGAUGAUGUUGUACUGAACCUUGUGGCCAGGAGCAACUGGAGCCAGAGUGAACCUCAGCCAUUCUCUGGAUCGUUCCAGAAGGAGCUGGAGUCUCAGCUGUAUCACCUGGAAGAAGGAGAUUUGGAGAAUUUGGAAAGUGCAGCAUCAUCUCAAAGUCAGGAUGCAGCCAAAUCCAUCCUCAGGUCUUCCAUAACCAAAGAUCCAGCUCAACAUAUUCAAUCAAAGGAUCCACGAAUGAAAGUCACAUCUAAUGGAAAAAGUUUUUCCUCGUUGAAAGUGACUAAGGGACCUAGAGUGACCUUUGACCCUCAUGUCGAGAAGCACAGACCUGGCUCUCGAAGGGAGAAGCACCUGAAACCCCCCAAACAAAUGAGAGUCCCUGCCAAAGGCUACUUCACCCCUCAUCCCGAUCACGGAGACAAGCCUGCCUCUUCCCUGAUGAAGAUCCGUCCUCCCAGUCCCUUAAGUCCUGGUGUGAAACCCUCUGAUUCCUCCAACCCCAUCCUGCACCCUCCCAGGCUCUCCUACCACAGCCUGCAGGAAACAGCAGGGGGCACCACUCAACCACAACAACAUGCUCAACAGCAGAGGGGGAGCUACAGAAAACCCUUGGAGAUGCUCCUUGGUCUGGUGGACAAGCACUGGACAGGACAGAAAUCACUUCACCAGGACAACAACUUCCUCUCUCAGGCAGUUCACAUCCUCUCUAUGAUGGAGCAGGAUGUCUCCAGUCGGGAGGUUGAGGUCAGGACCUUGAAGGAGGAGAUUGAGGAGCUGAAGCUGAACGCAGAAAGUCGAGACCAGGAUCACAUAGCAGAGAUCCAACGUCUCACCACUCAGCAUGAGGAGGCCCAGGGCAACACCGACAACCUAAAUGAGCACCUGAAGUUGGUCCUGGAGGAGAAUGUGUCCCUGCAGAAGCAGCUGAUCAAGUUGGAGCAGCAGUAUCUGAACUCGAUGAUGAAAAGCUCCCGCAACACAGACUUAAAGGAGAAGCUGGCGGAGGUGGAGGAACUGAAGAGGGAGGUGACGGUGCUGAGGGAGAAGGUUGAGGAUGGGGAGAAGGUCAGGGAGUUGGCGGGCAUGCUGCAGGAGAGCCACAGGUCGCUAGUAGCUACUAAUGAGCGUCUGCUGGGUGAGUUGGAGUCCCCGGGCAGGCGUCCCUGAGGACCAGCACCACUAACAGCAGACCAGCAGGAGCUACCUACAGCAGGACCAGCACCACUAACAGCAGACCAGCAGGAGCUACCUACAGCAGGACCAGCACCACUAACAGCAGACCAGCAGGAGCUACCUACAGCAGGACCAGCACCACUAACAGCAGACCAGCAGCUACCUACAGCAGGUUAUGCUUCUAUACUGCUGCCUGCAAUGGCAUGCUGUCAUUAGGAACACUCUGACAGAAUACCUUAGAAUGGCUGAAACACUUAAGACAUACCUCUUCCAUCUCGCUUAUCACUCACUGUAAAAUGUAUUUUAUUUAACAUGUACGGAACAUUUAUUUAUUGAUGUUUUUAACCCCCCCUUUUUUUUAUCCUUCCUACUGUGAGGCGCAUUGUGUUACCUCUGUGUAUGAAAUGUGCCGUACAAAUACAUUUUGAUUUUUGAUUAGGAGGAAGUUGGUGUGGUGUCAGAAAGGUGACCUGGUGAUUUGAAACAGCCGUGUUCCCUUUUCAAAUGACAUGUGAGCUGGACAAUGGCUACUGUAUCAUGUCAGCACAUUAGAUUGCAUUUUGAAAAGUGACUGCACUGCAGGUUUCCUGCUUCAUAUUUUUUGAGUUGGAAGCAUGUUGAUGAAUUAAGUAAUUAUUGCAUUAAAGCUGCUUUUG